AUGGAAGUGGUGACUCAUGCUGCCGUCUUUUUGUUCUCAAGUUCAAUCUGGCCACCACCGGCCCCUCCACCACGACUAACUGGACAAAGGGGUGAUGACUUCGACGAAUCGAAAGUGCCUCGGCAAUGCAAUGUCUACCAGCUCAGGUUCAUCAACUUGCUGAGCGACCUCACAUCCAUCUGUUUGCAGGGCAGCCUCACGAAGUUGAAGCGCAUCAAAUAUGAAACCUUGGUCACCAUCCAUGUGCACCAGAAGGAUCUUUUUCAAGAGGUGAUGAAAAAGCCCAAAGAUGCACGGGUGAAAGAUGAAAAUGACUUUGAGUGGCUGAAGCAGACUCGCUUGUACUGGAGCACUGAAAAUGACCAUGCCGUAAUUUCCAUCGCUGACGUGGAUUUCAUCUACUCGUAUGAGUAUUUGGGCUGCAAAGAGCGGCUGGUCAUCACGGCCCUGACAGACCGUUGCUACCUGACCCAGUCGCAGGCUUUGGGGAUGUUCUUUGGAGGCCCGCCGGCCCUGCUGGAACUGGCAAAACCGAAACCACCAAGGCUGGUGGAUGUGACGGAAGUGUCAUGGUUCCACAUCUUUCGAGCCAUCAAGGCACCAGCCAUGCUCCAUGCUGCGCCCUUCGCGGCGCAUGUUUUCGCGCAGCGUCUGGUUCCUGGCAGCACUGCCAGCGGUGCCUGCGGAGUUUUCGAUCGGAUCAUGGAAUAUUUUGAGCCCAAGACGCCCGGAUUUGAGAACAACAAUUACCACCCCUAUGUCUCUGCAGAACAUCGCUCCUGGAGUUACCGAAAACCGCUACUGCUGAAGAGGAUUUUCGACAUGGAUGUGGAUGUCUUGUGCUGUCAGGAGGCUGCAAAUGAAGAGAUGUCCUUGACAUCUGAGCUGGAAGAGGCGGGUUACAGAGCCCUGGUGCCGCCCAAAGAUGAUGGCGGAAUCGAAAAACCCGUGACUUUCGUGAGGCGAAGCAAGUUUCAGGUUGUGGCAUCCGAUUAUCGUUCCCGCGCUGGGCUACACGCCCUGAGACUGACAGAGUCUGAGAAGUCCAAGGCUUCCAAGAUGCUGUUAAUUGCGAAUGUACAUCUUCAAGGGAACCCCUUGGCCGUUGCCACCCGUCGUCAGCAGCUCCGUUCCGCCCUGCGCCGCUUGCGGCGUCUCGGUCUCGGCGCCACGGAGGCUGCAACGGCCACGGUGCUGGCGGGGGAUUUCAACGAGCUCGCGGGCAGCGCGUUGCACGGGGAGCUCCAAAGUGGACGGCUGGAAGAUCAACCUGAAAGCUGGAAGUUUCUGGAUGCCCAUAGCAGCAACGCUUUCUGCACCUUCCGCGGUGCUGGCCGCUGCGAUCGGAUUGAUUUCAUCUACCACACUGGGUCCGUGGCGGCUCGGGUGCGAAAACCGCUGGCAACAGAGGAGGAGGAAAGGAUGGUCCUGGAGAUGGCCUCCAUGGCCGGAGUUGGUAUGAGCGGCUUAUGGGGUUGCUUUGAUGAGUUCAACCGCAUCGAGUUGGAGGUUUUGAGCGUCGUGGCAACUCAAGUGGAGUCCAUUAUGCAGGCCAAGAAGCAAAACGCCAAGAGCUUCCUGUUUCCGGGGGAACCUUAUGCCAUCAAACUGGUAGCGUCUGUGGGAUACUUCAUCACCAUGAAUCCGGGAUAUGCGGGACGUCAAGAGCUUCCUGAAAAUCUCAAGGUCCUCUUCCGAAGCGCAGCUCGGCUGAUCUGUUGGGGGUACGUUUGGGGCUCCGAGUCGGACCAUCUGCUGUGGAGCUCCACGGUGGCUGAUGCUGACCUCAGGAAGGUCGGCGAGUUGUCUGCAUCCAAGGAUUUCCUCGAUGCACUUGGCACUGCCCUGAUGGCAGCAGAUGGAGAUGAUGUGGCUGAGAUGCUAUGGAGCAAGCUUGGUUGGGAACCCCACGUGCGGGAGAAACAUGACUACAGUUUGCUGCAUGUGCUGCCUAUGCCGACACCUUCGACACCUUCACUUCCAUCGAGGCCUCGUGGGCCUCGGGCGCCUUGGGGCUUGGGAAAUUUGACCACCAGCAGCAGUCAACGGCACGAGCCGUUGCUUGCUGGUGGCAGCUGCCCUAUGAUCGAUGCGAAAGGCGGCUUUUCUCCGGAAGUCCGUCGACAGGUGGCCGAAUACUUCAAUCCUAGAGCGCCCUUUCCGUGCGUCAUCAAGAAUUUGCCUCUUUUCCAACGAGCUGUUGAGAAGUGGAGUGUCGACUAUCUCAGUGAGCACAUGGGAAACCAACUGUAUCACACCUUUGCAUCAACCCAAGAUGCCCGGCGGUUCGCCUAUUCCUUCGACUGCCGAAAUGAGGGCGGCUAUGAGCCCGCACGCAUUGCGGAGGCCUGUAAGAUGACUUUCCAGGACUUUGUGAAGAAACAACAAGCUCAUGAAGAUGGGAAAGCCUAUUAUUUACAAACCCCAGUGCUUCGUUAUGAAGAUGGUGUCAUCACCAGCGCCAAGUUUGAUGAUGAGAUGGAAGCUGACCUGCACACCAUGAACCGACCUUUGGUAAAUGAGUUGGCUGCGAUGGGCAAAUUUGGCGAACUGUCGCGAAACCAACUUUUCGUGAGCUUUCGAGAUUUCCUAACUGCAGUGCACUAUGAUCAACAGCACAAUUUAUAUCUUCAACUGCGAGGGUGCAAGAAGUUUUUACUCUUUGAUGUUACUUGUGCUCCAGCACUUUACCCCUAUCCAGUACAUCAUUCACUAGAUCGAAAGGCUCGCGUUGAUUUGGAACAUCCAGAUCUAACUGGAUGGCCGCGUGCAAAAGCAUUGGCGGGACGUGGGAUUGAGGCAGUUCUAGAGCCUGGCGAUGUGUUGUUCCUACCUAUGAGCUGGUUUCAUCACGUGCAUAGUGUGGGAGAGGAGAAUGUAUCCUUGAACUUCUGGUUCUAUGAUUCAGGCUAUCUCUUCGAGCCAAAAUUGGUGGAAUGGCCUCUAAAUGACAUCGGUUUGCUGGAACUCUGUCGCCACAUCGAGUACCUGGUAGCGGAGCAAUUGGGACCUGCGCUGGUCGCUCCCUUCAUGCACUGGUGGCGCAGCGGUUCCCCAGCGCCAAGUGACAAACUACUGGCAGAUCGCUGGCGGGUGGUGAGGAAUUAUCUCCUGAAACAGCUCAAAAAAUUGCCCCAAAAGGCUGCGAAGUUUGUGUUUGCCAUGAUGGAUCCUGCUAGAUGGAAGGGCCUGGAAACGAGAGAAGAGGCAUAUUUGGCCAGCCAAGGCUUGCGGGAUCAACACCAGGUUUCCGACCUCUUGGACGAUCUGAAUGAGUUGAGUUUGGGCGUCUUCCAUUGUCGUAUGCCGGCCUGGGCAUAUCGCACCUUGGGGAGGGCCAUUGAAAAGAUUCCCAGGCAGAAACUGAGAUUUUUCCUGGAAUGUGCUGAGGAGGUUCUCUGCAUCUUGCGGGACCACACCAAUUGGGAGGGCGUCAGUGCUCCCCACCUCUUCGAGGUGGAUGAGGCCCGGAAGGCGCCCGGCGCCUUCCUUCGCGCCCUGACGGAGCUCAGCGCCCUGGCGGAGCACAAGGGGACCGUCCGGGUGCGCCUCGUGGACAACGGCUUCUUCGCCAACUGGUUGCAGGUCUUAGAUGCUGCUUACUUCGCCAACGCCGCUGCAAGACUGGAACCAGAUUGGAUCAUCACUGGAAAGGAAAGGGAGUUCAACUAUGGUUCACCUUCUGAAGAUGUGUUUCACGCCCUGUUCCAUCCGUUUUCUCAGUCUGCUUCAACUGCUUCAACUGGUUACUUCGAUGUGACUCAUCGCUUCAAUUUCCUGUUGAUCAACGUCUUCAGGGGUCAAUUUCUUCGGGGUUCACAGGCGACUCGCAGGAGGUUGGAAUACUCUAGCGUGGCUCAGCGAGUUUUUCAAGUGAAACCCCACCUGCUGGCGCGACGAGAGGAGAUUUUGCGGUGCAGGAGAGCUGGCGUUGAAAACUGCCCAGUGAUUGGGGUGCACAAACGGGUGGAUAAUCCUGGCACGGCACGGAUGCAGCUGGAACAACGGAUGCUGCAGAUUGGUUGCUAUAUCCAGGCGGUUCGGAAGGUGGCCAAAGGAUAUGAACAAGGAUCCCCCUGGAUCUUCCUAGCCACGGAUGAUGCAGAUGCAGUACCCGAAUUUCGCAAGGCAUUUGGGGAUCGUCUGAUCUGCAAUCUCACGGCCAAAAGGUCUGCCGGCGGGAUCAAUGAGAAGAAGCUGCCCUUGGAAGUGCAUGGCCAAGAGGAAAGGCUCAGUAUAGCUGAUGCCGAGGACUGUUUGCUGGAUGCUUUGUUGCUUUCGGCCUGUGAUGCAUUUAUCCAUGCAGAUUCGAACUUGACCAUCGCAGCGGGAAUUUUGAACCCCCAUGCUGCAGCACAUCGCGUGAGGGACUUGGUCGACUUGGCAGAGAGGAACGCCGAGGCCAGUCACGAGGCUGGGCUUUGGCCCGGCUAUAAACGCUGCGGCCUGCCAUUUUGA